AUGGUAACUGACAACACAGAAAAUAGCAACUGCAACAACAUGGAGCAGAGAAGUAUAACAGAAAACAAUAACAACCACAAAAAUAUUGAUGAGAACACAACCAAUACCAAUGUCAACAGAAAGGCAGGAGUAUUUGGACGUAACAAUAGCAGUAACAACGUGAACGAUUCCACCACCACCAUCAACAGUGAGAGAGGCCAGUCUCACUCAGAAAUAGGCCAAGAAGAAGCUGUCCCUAAAAGGUCAGCCCGUUUCCUUGAUGGAGUUACAGUAGUGGAGGGCAAGAAUGACGAUGUUCUCAGAGAGGUUCUGGGUGUUGGGAAAGAUCAACUGGUUGGUCUCUUCCAGAAGACUUUUGGGCUGGAGACUAUUGAUAACUUCCAGAAAUCCCUGGCCUAA